UAAUGCUAGGGCUGAUAUAAUGCCACGUGUAGCAGCUUUGCUACCAUAAACAUUGAUCAUCCCAGAACUCUAUCACACUUUCUACAGAGAUUUGCUUGCCUGUAAGGAUUGUCAUUGACAGUAAGGAUAUUGGAUCCGUUGAUAAGUCUAAUCAUAAGACCUACAAACUAGGACCAUGGAAAGUGUUGUCAAAUCAAGCGAAAGCAAUGAAUUAGAGCUCUUGGAGAGAGUGUUUCUGCGUCUUGGAGUGGCAGAGAGUGAUGACAAGUUGGAGAGCUGUCUCUCUCGAUUCCUCCUCCCCACCAUACUCAAGAUCACCUCCCCCCACAAGCCAGUGCAAGAUAAAGUGCUGGAGUUGCUAACUCAUAUCAGCAAACGCAUCAAGAGUCGGCCCGACGUGCCCCUCCCCCUAAUCGCCCUCCUCUCAGUCUUUACCGAUACCCACCAUCCUCCACAAGUUGCCAACUUCACAUUGGUGUACAUCAAGCUGGGGUUUCCUCGUCUCCCUGGUAACGAGAAGGGACGUCUCAUUCCCUCACUAAUCGAUGCUCUGGAGGGCAAGACCACUCAUCAACAAGACAGCAUUCUUCAGCUGGUUCUCCCCUCCCUCCCUCACCUCGUCUUGCCUGACGAUUUAGAGCAGCGGAGAUCAAUAUUACAGCUGCAGGACAAGCCGGUAGUCAGAGCAACGGUGCUGGAAUUCAUGAGAGCCUACCUCCUGCUACCGUAUGGAGCGAUAGAUGUUGACACACUGACAGUGCAAGCUCCACCUGGUCUCAGUAAGACGCUGGUAACUAGGGUAACGGGGGGUAUAUACCUUCAUCCAGAGGAACUUGAGAAGAUGAAGUUGGCGAUAUUGAAGCUUCUCUCCUCUGAAGUGUUCUCAGCAGAUGAGAUGGUGGUACACUUUAUAAUAGCAGCUGGGGACAACCGACACAAUGUGUCUGAUCGAGGGGACCACCAUCUGAGGCAGUUUAGCAGCUCCGUUGACUGGGAUAGUGCGACACUGGUCUCCCAACUCUACUCUCUCUACCAAGGCACAGUGGCCACCCCGGCAGGGAAGAAGACAAGGCCGCAGAGUUCUAACUCUGUGAAGGAUAGAGUAUCACCUGCUAGUCUACGAGUGAAGUUGAGACUGUUGCCCUAUAUCACCAGGUCAUCCCUCGCUGCCAGCUGCUUCCCCCAAGCCGUUCAGGUUGUGUUUGAUGGCCUGUUUAGUGGUAUCACUAACCCGCGACUGAGGAUCCUCUCACUGCAGCUGGUCCACCAUAUCUGUUCCAGAGCUACUGACCAGAAGCUGACUGUAAUGGCUCCUGUAUUGCUAACAGGGCUCAACAAGAUCAUCGACCAACCAGAUGAGGAGACCAGUCUCCGAGCGUUGUCCUACACAGCUGUGGGAAAGAUCUCAAAGCAAGUCCCCUCGCUGUUUCAAAAGGACACAAAACAGAUUUCUAAACUUUUCGAUGCUGUUAAAAAGGACUUGCCGACCGAUGUGGGUCUGGCCGUUCAAGAGUGUUUGAGCUCCCUGGCGCUGGCCUAUCGCGGGGUCAGAGGUCAGAACGCACUGCUGUUGGAAGCUCUACUCUUGGAGAAUAUUUAUUCUGUGGUGCCUCAGUGUAGACUAAUGUCGGUCAAGUGUGCUUUGGCCAUGUUUCCGUUCAACCAUACACCAUCUCGAUUGGUCUGCAUCGUUGCCACUGGAGACAGUAAGGAGGAUGUGAGGGAGCACGGUAAGCGUGGCUUGAAGAAGGUGACGUGGGAGCAGGGGGAUUUCCCUGAAGAUUGGAGCCACGCCUCUCCACUCUUUAGCGACAUGGUUGACUACCUGCACAGAAGAGCAAAGGUAGCUAUGGAAACAGGGGGUGGGUACUCAACAGCAGCAGGGAAGCUCCCGUUUCCUCCAGCUUCAUUAAGUGAGGGGGUGGUCUUCUUACAAGCCUGUCUCUACGAGAGCUCUGGCUCCAGGACCACGGAACAGCUGGACCUGAGUGGCGUUAAGACCUACCUACAUCAGUUGUAUGCAUCCAACAUGGCCUGCCUCUCUCAGUAUGUGGGCCUUCUUGAACAGUCACUCGGACCAGCAGGAGAUGCUGAUCUGCACUGCGUUGCCAUGGCAGCUCUACUGGAGGUACUGGCAUGCUCCACUCCCGACGUUGCUCUCUCCUUUAAGAGCAAGCUACAAUGGAUCAAGAGCUUCACUGCAUCUAGUCGCCAAGAGACGAGGGAAGCAGCUGCCCACCUCCUGGGCGUAUUGUCGGACCACCUCUCAACAGAGGAGCUCUCUCAGUUAGCUCAGGACCUGCUCAAAGAUGCAACCAGUGAGGUAUUCUCAGUGCAGUUGGGUGCGCUCUCUAUCCUUGGUCAUGUGAUCAGUCAUGUGAUGAGUACCUCGCAUCCAGACGAGGAGAAGAUGGACUCCUCUGAUCGUCAGUCUAUCAGUAAGGAGCUGGUCCACUCUUCCUUGUUGUUACUCUCAAUAAUGGUUCGUGAGUCAAAAACCUCCAUUCUCACACUCACUGCCGUGUCUUCGCUGGGGGUAAUCUUCAAGAGUGGGCUACUCCCCCUUCCCAACGGACCGGGACCCUCCACAGUCGGGCUCACCAAGCUGGGCCUCGUUGAAACGCUUGUCAACAAAAUGGACACGGAGAAAGACAUUAAAGUCAAAGGUCGUUGUGCUCUGUCGCUAGGUUACCUGUCUGUCGGCGACCCCUCCUUCCCACACAAGAGGGUGGUGCUGGAGGCUCUGUUUGAUACACGAGAAGAGAAGGCCAUCGAUCUUCACUUUACUAUCGGAGAGGCAAUAGCAUGCACUGCAGCUGGCCCUCUGUGUACGGCUGCAUGGGACCAGUGGGAGGCACUUAAGAACGACAAGAAUGAGGGUGUGAGUGACAUGACAGCUGUGUCUAGUGAGGCUGGUGAUGGUGUGACUAGUGUGAUGGUGUGGGCAGUGGAAACGCUACUGGAGAGGUACACAGUGAAAGCGUCUCCCAUUGUCCGACAAACUGCAUGCGUAUGGCUUCUCUCCCUCGUGAAGCACACCAGUCGUCAUCCAGAUUUUUCAAGAUUCCUCGAACGCUUUCAAAUGACCUUUAUGAAUCUCCUGUCUGAGAAAAACGAUAUGACCCAGGAGAUUGCGUCUCGCGGCAUGGGGCUGGUGUACGAGAUGAGCCCACCCUCUGAGAGAGAAGCACUCGUCAACCUACUAGUGGGCACUCUCAUGGAAGGGAGAAGGAGUGAUGUUAAGGUGUCUGGCGACACUCAGCUGUUCAACAAGGGCAUGUUAGGGAAAGCCCCUCAGGGAGGGAGCAUUUCCACGUACAAGGAACUGUGCUCCCUGGCCAGCGACCUUAACAACCCUCACCUCGUCUACAAGUUCUUGCAUCUGGCAAAUCACCACUCACUCUGGAACUCUAAGAAGGGUGCAGCGUUCGGGUUCUCCUCUAUUGCGGCACAGGCCCAAGAGCAGCUGUCCCCCCACCUCCCCCUACUAGUGCCACGCCUCUAUCGUUACAAGUACGACCCCAGCCCAAACAUACAGCUGGCCAUGAGCAACAUUUGGGCAGCUGUGGUACCCGAAAGCAAAAAAGCUGUUGACGUGUACUUGAGGGAGAUCCUAGCUGACCUAAGGAGCAACCUCAACAACCCACAAUGGAGGAACAGAGAGUCAAGCUGCAUGGCUCUUAGUGACCUCCUGUCGGGCAGACAAGUUGGAGAAAUUGUGGAUGACUUGAUUGAGCUGUGGGAAAUGUGUCUGAGAGUGCUCGACGAUAUCAAGGAGUCAGUCCGUAAGGCAGCUGCCACUGCUUGCAAAGCACUCCACAAGUUGACAGUGAGAGCAUGUGACGGCACCACCAUGUCCAAAACAGGCACACAAGUUAUUCAAGCUAUUCUACCUCUGCUGUUGGAUAAGGGAAUGACAAACCCUUCAGAUGAAGUGAAAGCCAUAAGCCUUGUCACCAUUCUAAAGGUCUCACAGAAUGCUGGUCCUCUCCUCAAGCCCCAUGUGGCUGUUCUCAUACCUACAUUGCUGGAGGCUCUUAGCUCACUAGAAACACAGGCACUCAAUACCAUCACCCUUCAGUACAGUGGAGAGACCUCUACUCAGGAGAAACUGGAUGAUUUGAGAGUGGCUGCCUCGAAGUCCUCACCCUUGAUGGAGAUUGUCAACUUGUGCACUCAACAAGUGGAUACUGAUGUUCUGAGCUCACUAAUUCCCAGACUGGUUGAGGUCCUCAAGCGAGGGGUUGGCCUGGGAACAAAGGUGGCAGCUGCUCAAGUGGUGGUCUCACUAGUUCAUCACUGCUUGCACGAUCUCACACCCUACGCUGGUAAGCUGGUGAAUGCUCUUCUCUCUGGACUCUCUGAUCGUAGUGCGGGUGUGAGGAAGGCUUACGCUGGAGCAGCUGGCUACUUGGUCAAGAUUGCAAAGGAAACUACUCUGACUAAGAUGGCUGGAAAACUAAAGAGUUGGUACUUCGAAAAAGAUGACGAUGCCAUUCAAGCUGGUAUAGCGAUGGUCCUCCACUCAUCUGUCACUCGUUCUCUUGACGCUGUGUCUAACCAUGCAACUGAUUUCCUGCCACUGGUUUUUCUAGCCAAGCACGCUCAACCAGUGGAGGAAGACCCAACAUCAGCGGCAAUAGUCAAGCUGUGGGAGGAGACAUGGCUGGACCUUGUGCCGAGCACAAAAACUGGUGUGAAACUCUACCUGUCCGACUUACUGGACAUUGCCUGCUCAGCACUACAGGCACAGCUGUGGCGGGUGAAGGCCCUCGGGGCAUCGUCUAUAGCAACAAUCACGGAAAGCAUGGGCCCUGAUCUCCAUGCUCCCCACCUCACAACUAUUCUAACUACUCUCCUCUCUGCAUUACAAGGAAUUAGGAUCUGGGAGGGAAAGUGACACCAAAAGCUUGCAGUUUACUAUGCAUGAGCAAUCUGCACUAUACUAGGUGGCUGUUCUCAAAGCUCUGAAGUUGCUGUGCACCUCUUGUAGCGUUUCUGUCAUGAAGCCUGAGGAUCCAGAACAACCGGCAGCUGACAAGGUGUAUACUAUACUAUAUAGCCCCGUUUACACGACACCUAAUCCUGGUCGAAUCUGGAUUGAAUCCGGGUCAAAUUUUUCUGGGUAGUGGGCAUAGUAAAAUGACCACUAAUUUCAUUUGCGCAAACAUUGGCUGAUAGGAAGCUACAGGCUUACUCUAGAAACACCCAUGAACAUGUACAACAUAUCAGAAUUAGCCCUUUGUGCUUACUCACAGCUAAACCGCUUCUGACACAAUCUAAACCACCUCCAAAGAUGGGUUGGCUAAUCCGGAUUAGAACCCGGAUAAGGGCCGUACACAAACGCGGUUAUAGGUUUAAUCCAGAUUCCAACCCGGAUUAAAGGCCUCGGGUAAACGGGGCUUAUGUUGCUAAGCAGAGCCCUAUAGGGCGUGAUACAAGCCUCCCUCAAUUUAUAUAGGUAUAUAGCUAUACUAAAUGGUUUACUUGCAAUCGCUAUAUGCAGUUACUAUAUACUUGCAAGGUAUGCUUCAUCCAUAUUGUAUACACCUUGUUGUACACUGGAGAUUUAAAUUUGUGGAAAAUUAAGCUAUUCUCCGAUAAUAAUUAAUCAUACUAAUCUUCAAGAGAGUGAAGUGAUACUUGGUCCCUUAUAUAUAACUAAUUUGUUUUUUGAGGCUAAAAGCUUAUGUUGAUUCAGGUGUAAGGUACUGUCUACCUGUUGAUGUAGGAACAGCCCUCAAGCAGUCUCUAGAGACUCUGAAGGAUCACUCAGAACAGGCAAUGGUGAAGAGCAUAGCCGGCAGACUGUAGUAUCAGGAACCACUCUCGUAUGUAUUAUAUUACUGUGUGGGUAUUUUAAUUGUUAACUCAUAUU